UUGACUACAAAACGUGGUGGUGGGGGGCUGCCAUCCAAACUGUUCAGCAGUUGCUUCUGUGCAGCCACCAUGAUCCAUGCAUACUGCUUUAUGUUUUUCUUUCAGCUGCUCUGCCUCGCUGGGGCCUCUGAGAGCGGCAUCGUGGGUGGGAGGGUUGCAAAGCCUCAUUCCAGACCCUACAUGGCAUCACUCCAGUUUCGUGGACACCAUUCAUGUGGCGGGAUACUUAUUCGCGAGGACUUUGUUCUAACUGCUGCACACUGCAACCAACCUCAGGACAGCAUGACGGUGGUACUUGGAGCACAUAACAUCGGCAAGAAAGAGAAAAGUCAGCAAUGGCUAAAGGUGGACAAAUACAUUUCACACCCGAAAUUCACUGGAGGAUAUGAUUACGACAUUAUGUUACUGAAGUUAAGAAACAACGCCACACUGAAUAGGUGGGUGAAGACCAUUGGACUACCCAAGAAAGACGGGAAAAUCCCAGCCAACGUUAACUGCGCCGUUGCUGGCUGGGGCAAAACCGGAAACAACAAGCCUUCCUCAGAUGUGCUGAAGGAGACCACGGAGAAGAUGCAAUUCAACUCCGAGUGCAAACAUAUAUGGCAAAAAUACUUCAAUGGUGGUCACAUGAUAUGCACCAAAUUUGACAAAAAGAAGGGAGGGAUUUGCCAGGGUGACUCCGGUGGACCACUUAUCUGCAACAGCAAGCCUCAGGGGAUAACAGCUUUCAUGUUAAAAGGUGAUUGUAAUAAUCCCAAAUAUCCCCAUGUCUUCACUAAAAUCCAUUUCUUUCUCCCCUGGAUGAAGACAGUGAUGCAGGGGCCGAGGAAUCUUGCAUGAGCCGCUAUCCAGAUGCCCUUUAUUCAUUCACUUAUUAAACAACAUGGCAUAAUAAAGCAAACAUUUAGAGAAUUAUUAGUCUUAGUUUCAAAAAAAGAAUUAAUGAAGCUGGUGUAUGUGAACGUUCUGAACGCGGAAUAAAGCUAAACUGAUUGUACUGAAAAGGUCUGGGAUUAAAAACUGACUGUACAUCUAUAACAUGUCCUUUCACACCAUCUUUACUAAAGCGUAUCUCUUCAAAUGUGCUCAACUCCCUUUUGCAGAAUUCCUGUGCAACAAUGCAGUUGUUGAUCUUUGUUAUUGUAGCCUUCUAUGUUUUGUGCACAAGUUUAAUUCUUCAUAUCAUAGCAGAUGAAAAAGUGUCCCAAAGGCUUUGCAUAAAGAAGAAAUGGCAGUUUGACAAAACAAUAGGUGGAGGGGCGGGUAGUGAAAGUAUCACAGUGAGUGUGAUGGUUGAUUUGUGGUGUAAAAGGCCAAAGGCAUUACAGUCAAACCACACAUUACUGCUGUCAGUCAUAGUGCAAACUUUUGAAGUUAAACCGUUUUCUGUCUGUGAAACCCGUCAUCUGCAGAGAAAGUGAAAGAAAUAAAGGAACAGAUCACCUUCAAA